AUGGUUUCAGUAUCUCUUUAUGUUGUCCUUCUCUCCUCCCUUAUCGUACUCAGUACCGGUCAAGAAAAACAUGUUAAACAUCACAACACUCAAGAAGUGUUCGAUAUUCUCGAUCGAAUUCAUGACAAAUGUCCGGACAUCACUUACAUUUACGAUCUACCAUUGAAAUCCGUACAGAAACGUCCAUUACGCGUCAUCGUCUUUUCGGACAAUCCAAAACAUCAUGAAGUACUCGAACCUGAAUUCAAAUACGUUGAAUAUCUCUGCGACGAAUAUCAAAAGGGCAAUGAACAAAUCAAAAACUUAGUCGAUAAUACACGUAUUCACUUGAUGCCAAUUAUGAAUCCAGAUGGUUGGGAAAUUGCCGCGCAAAACGCAUGGAACAGCACCAAAUCGGGCGAAUUCAAAGAUAUCGAAACAAUGUUACAAGAACAAGGUGCACUUGAUUGGCAAGUCGGACGAACAAAUGCAAAUGGAGUUGAUCUUAAUCGAAAUUUUCCAAACUUGGAUAAAUUCAUUUACGAAUAUAAUCGACAUGCAAGCCACCGAAAUAACCAUUUAGAUUUGGAAACAUUUCUCUCGCUAACAUCUGGAAACGAUUGCCAUGAUCAACCAUACCAACCAGAAACAGUCACAGUCACCUUCUGGAUCAUGCAAAAUCCAUUUGUUCUAUCAGCUAAUCUUCACAACGGUGAUCUCGUUGCCAAUUAUCCAUACGACGAUUCAGCAAACCACCUUCAAAUGUAUUCACCAUCACCCGAUGAUUCGUUAUUUCAACAAUUGGCCGAAUCUUAUUCACACACGCACUCGAAAAUGCAAUCACCCAAGAAGCCAUGUUCAUCGGACGUUUUCCCCGAAGGAAUUACAAACGGUGCAGCUUGGUAUCCAGUCUGUGGUGGAAUGCAAGAUUUCAACUACUUGGCAAGCAAUUGUUUCGAAUUAACCUUAGAACUCGGCUGUCAAAAAUUUCCACCUGGUAAAGACUUAGCCGGUCUCUGGGAAGACAAUAAAAACGCACUUCUCAAUUUCAUGUGGCAGACUCAUGUUGGUAUCAAAGGAAUCAUUGAAGACGAAGACGGCGAACCAAUCUACAACGCCAGUAUCAAAGUCUAUCAACAAAUCAAUGAUAAUUGGAAAUAUAUCGACCAUGACAUUACAUCAAAUCCUCAUGGUGAUUACUAUCGUUUACUUACUGAUGGUUCAUAUGCUAUUCAAGUGAAAAAACCAGGUUAUGAAAGUCAAACACAAUACAUCAAUAUUCAUAAUAAAGAACAUCAAGUUGAUGCACACCGUCUUGAUUUUACUCUUCAAACAACAUCGGCUGAACGACUCGAUCUUCAACGAAUGCUCAAACAAUACAUGAACAAAUAUUAA